AUCUGCAGCUCUCUCGACCUUGGCGGCAUUCAAAUCUCGCUGGUCGUGCUGCGAGCCUGAUUCCUGCGGAAGCUCGCGUUCUGAGGCCGUCGCGAGGGCACCGCCAUGUCUUCGUCUGAGGCGGCGCCGUCGGCCUCGGCCGGGCCAUCCAAUGCUGCAUCCGGGGCAGCAGGCGCCGGGAGGGCACAGGCGCCCGAGCCGAAGCAGCUUGUGACACGUUUGCUCGAUGACAAGCUGGACUUGCGGGCGAAGCUCGUCGUUGCCGGCGAGAUCAAGGACAUGUCCGAGGCGUACCAGGGACAGGAUCUGGCGGCAUUCAUCAAUGUCUUCGUGCCCGUGGCUCUCGCCGUGCUCGGCAAGAUGCCGUGCUCGCUGCACACAGAGGCACCAGAGCAGCGGAUACGCAACUGCCUGUUGAGCACGCUGCAUCGGCUACAGCCGCUCGAAGUGGCGCGGCAGCAUGCCAAGGAGCUGCAGCGUGCCAUGAUCGCCCUCAUCCGCGAGGACAACGAGGAGAACGCGAUCAUCGCGCUCAAGGUCAUCAUCGACCUCGUCCGCGCCUUCAAGGGCGAGCUCGAGAGCGAGGUCGGCGGCUUCCUGUCUCUGAUGGGCGACUUGUACAAGGGCAUGGAGGCGACGGUGCAGCGCAGCUUCGAGAGCGAGGCGGCGCAGCUCAACGCCAUGGGCGCUGCGAGUGGAGCGGCGAAGGCCGAUGCCUCUGCCGACUCACCAGCCGGCGCGCCGUCGCCUGCCGCCGAGUCACAAGCUGCCAGCAUGACCGGCAGCGACCUGGGCCUCACGACGGGCGCCCAGCCCGCGCCGAAGGUCCUCGUGAAGGGCACGUCGAGCUUCAAGCUGCUGCAGGAGUGCCCGAUCGCCAUUGUGCUCGUCGUGCAGACCUUCCGCUCGACGGUGCAGGCGUCUGUCCGCGUGCUAGUGCCGCUGAUGAUCGAAGGCUGCCUGCGGCUACAGGCCGCGCCGCAGCGGGAUGCACGCACGGCAGCCGUGGCGAAGGGCUCGCUGUUCAUCGGCGUCGCGCCGGGCAUCAAGAACCACGCGCUCUACGGCGACCUCAUCGGCACGCAGGUCAAGAUGAUGAGCUUCCUCGCGUACGUCAUCAAGCCGUACGCCGACCUCACGCGUCCAUACUACGAGGAGCUGCCCGGCAUCUCGGUGCGCCUGCUGCAGGACUGCCCGCCGGACGCGAGCGCCACGCGCAAGGAGCUGCUGGUGGCCAUCCGGCAUCUGCUGUCGACCGAGAUGCGCAGCUUCUUCAUCUCGCAGGUCGACACGCUCCUCGACGACCGCGUCAUGACGGGCACGGGCGUCACGUCGCGCGAGAGCCUGCGGCCACUGGCCGUCAGCAUGCUGGCAGACCUGCUGCACCACAUCCGGCCGCAGCUCUCGUUUGCGCAGAUCUGCCGUGUCGUGCAGCUGCACGUGCAGAUCCUGCACCACCCGACGCUGGCACCGAGCAUCCAGACGAUGUGCAUCAAGCUGCUGCUCAACAUCACCGACCAGAGCGUCAUGCGCGGGCCCGAGGAUCCGGGGCCGGUGCUGCAGUCUGUCAUCGAUGCGCUCGUGGAGAAGCUGGGGGCACUGCCACAGCUCAAGGAGGGCAUCGAGGCUGUGCGCAAGGCCAAGGCCGAGGCCACAGAGGCGGGCACGCCCGGCGGCGCUGACGCCGUGCUGACGCCUCUCGCCAUCGAGCGGGCGAGAACGGUGCCUGCCAGCGCCAUGCUGCCGGACCUCGCUGUGCACGAGUCGUUCAAGGACGUGCGGUAUCUGCUGCGCAACAUCCUGAACGGCCUCAAGGCGCUGCUCACGAUGCUGCGCCGCCGCAAAGUGCCCGAGCCGAGCGGCGAGAUCAUGGGCCGCGUGUUCGUCGACGGCAUGCGCUGCUGGACCUGCUACGAGCAGGCCGAGGGCCCGCCAGACAAGGACCUGAUGGAGAACUUUGCGAGCAUGUUCAUCGAGCUCGAGCCGCAGACGUUCCACGAGGUUUUCACGACGCAUAUGCCCUUCCUCUUCGACCUGAUGCUCACGAACCCGGUGCUGCUCGGCAUUCCGCAGACGCUGCUCUCCAACGAAGGCGUGUCGCGACGCUACGUCGGCAUCAUGCUGCGCUUCCUUGUCGACCGGCUCGACGAGCUCGGCGAUGCCGACAAGAAGCAUGCGUCCGUCACGCUGCGGCUGUUCAAGAUGAGCUUCAUGGCGGUCACCAUCUUCCCCGAGGAGAACGAGGCGGUGCUGCAGCCGCAUCUCAGCCACCUCAUCAUGCAGUCGAUGAAGCUGGCCAGCAAGGCCAGCGAGCCGGCCAACUACUUCCUGCUGCUGCGCGCGCUCUUCCGCAGCAUUGGCGGCGGCCGCUUCGAGCUGCUGUACAAGGAUGUGCUGCCGCUGCUGCCCGUGCUGCUCGAAAACCUCAACAACCUGCUCAACGCUGCCGAGCCGUCACGUCGCGAGCUUUUCGUCGACCUCUGCCUCACAGUGCCCGUGCGGCUAAGCGUGCUGCUGCCGUAUCUGGGCUACCUCAUGCGGCCGCUGGUUCUUGCGCUGCAGUCGUCGACCGAGCUCGUCAGCCAGGGCCUGCGCACGCUCGAGCUGUGCAUCGACAAUCUCACGCAGGAGUUCCUCGACCCGAUCAUGGCGCCGUACGCGACCGACAUCAUGACGGCGCUGCUGAAGCACCUGCAGCCGCUGCCGCACAACCACCAGCACUCGCACACGACGAUGCGCAUCCUCGGCAAGAUGGGCGGCCGGAACCGGCGCCUGCUCCAGCAGCCGCCCAAGCUCACGUACCACGACCACCCGCAGGCGACGUUCACCGUGCACUUCGAGGGCAAGGCGCAGAGCCUCGUCCUCGCGCCGGUCAUCGACCUUGCCCUGUCUGGCAUCCGGCGAGGCGAUCUGUUCCGCCGCAAGCACUCGUUCGAGCUGCUGCGACAUGCGGCCGCGCUGUUCCUCGACGGCACGCUCGGCAAUGCCGGUGGCGAGCGUGAGCAGGCGUUCGAGCGAGUUGUUAAGGGCCUCUUCGACGCCACGCACUCGGAGGAAGGCGGCGCUGGCCUCGAAGGCGCCACGGCGUACCUCCUUGGCCUGUCACGCCACAUCUUCACCCUGGAGACGCGGCGCGAAGUCGGCACCACGCGGCAGCCGGGUCCGCUGAUGACGUACUUCAUGCAGGGCAUUGCCUACGCCCUUGCGGCCAACGACAACGAAGCAGCGGACGCGGCAGCCAUCGUCGAGCUCGAGCUGCGCAUUAUCGGCGAGGCUCGCGAGGUCUGCGUCGAGGCGUCGCGGCCCGAGCAGUGGAUCACGCUCAUGCACAGCCUGGCGUCGAAGCACUGCACGCUGUGCUACGACCAGCUGUGGCAGCGCAAAACUGGCGGCUGGCUGGCCAUCGACAUGAUGGUCCGGCGCGCCAACCUCGGCGUGCCGUGGCUGCGCGAGCACCAGCUCGAGAUCAUGCGUGCGCUGCUGUACAUGCUCAAGGACAUGCCCACCGACCCGCCGGGCAACGUCGAGGCCGUCAGCGACACGAUCCUCUUCGUGCUGCGCACCGUGCACACCGCGACGCCAGCGCCCGCGGCCGAGAGCACGCCCUCUGCAAACGGCGCCGCGUCUGAGGCAGCUGCAAAGCCGAGCGAGACAGAGAACAAGGCCGAUUCCUCUGCGUCUGCGCCGGCAGCUGUGCCGAAGCCGAGCGAGCCACCGAGCUCAGCCGCGACGCCGGCGCCUGGGCGGCCUGAUGGAAAGACGGACGAGGAGCAGAUGCAGGAGCGCCAGUUCAACUACCUCGUCGGCGUGCUGGUGCUGGAGCUCUCCAGCUCCAACGCCAAGGUGCGCUCCGUGGCGCGCGCCUCCUUCGAGCUGCUCGCCGAGCUGCGUGGCACGAGCGUCACGACGAUCCUCACGCCGAUCAAGGAUCGUCUGCUGCAGCCGAUCUUCAGCAAGCCGCUGCGCGCACUGCCGUUUGGCAUGCAGAUCGGCCACAUCGACGCUGUGACGUUCUGCCUGCAGCUCACGCCGCCGCUGCCGGAGCCAAACGAAGAGCUCUUCCGUGUGCUGACCGAGGCGCUGGCACUCGCUGAUGCCGACGACCUGGCUCUCAUUGGCCGCACGUCGCAGUACAAGAACAUGCUGGCCGUCACCAACCUGCGCGUCGUUGCCCUGCGCCUGCUGGCCUCGGCGAUGGCGUGCCAGGACUUCCUCGGCGCCAAGCACGCACAGCUGCGCAUCCGCAUCAUCGCAGUCUACUUCAAGAGCCUCUACUCGCGCUCGCAGGAGGUUGUGGACGAGGCGUACAAGAGUCUCAAGGAGACGCUUGCAUCGCAGCCGAAGCUGCCAAAGGACGUGCUGCAGAGCGGUCUGCGGCCGAUCCUCAUGACGCUGGCGGAUGCCGGGCGGUUGACCGUGGCGGGCCUGGACGGGCUGGCCCGCCUGCUCGAGCUCCUCACAUCAUACUUCAAGGUCGAGAUCGGUAGCAAGCUCCUGUCCCACAUGGAGGCGAUUGCGGACCGCGAAGUGCUCGAACGCGCCGGCGAGGGAGCCCUGCAGGGACCGUCGUACGCGGACGCGCACCACCUGCUGCAGCCACGGCCGGCGCGCAGCAGCGAUGCCAUCGAGACCCUGGCGGCCGUUGUGCGCGUGUUCCACCUGCUGCCGCCGACGGCGAGCAUGUUCAUGCCGCAGCUCGUCAAGCAGGUGUGCGACAUCGAGACGGUCCUGCGCCGCUCCGGCCCGACGCCGUUCACCAAGCCGCUCGCGCAGUACUUUGACAAGUACCCGCGCGAGGCGGUCGAGCUCUUCUUCGGCCGUCUCGAGGACGCGCGCUACGUGCGCUGCUUCAAGCUGACGCUGGCCUGCGACGACGCGCCGCGCCUGCGCAAGCAGGUCGAGGAGGACAAGAGCACGCGCCUGCUGCCCUUGCUGACGGGUGACGUGGACCCUCGCAAGACGCUCGCAGCGCUGCAGGUCGUCCGCGAGCUGGAGGCUCGGCAGCCCGGCUGGAUCGUGGACAACGUCGACAUCAUCGACGCGCUUCUGGUCUACUGGCGGUCGCCUGGCUUCGUGCAGCGAAGGGCGAGCGAGAAGGGCACGCGAGAGCAGCGUGUCUCCGUGCAGAUCGUUGAGGUCUUCACCGCGUACCUGUCGCGCCGGCACCACACGGACAUCUACUUUGCCUUCGCGGACCUGGCCUCGUUCCCCGGUCCGCUGGACCUGACAGGCACGGUGCGCUUCGUCUACCAGCGCCUCGCCAUCGACGGCGCACUCGCCGAUCGCCGUGCAGUGCUGAUGCGCUGCAUCGACGUCUUCGAGCGCAAAGACGUGACGCAAGCCUACAAGGCCGAGUGCUUCCGCCUGCUGGCCAACCCGAUCCUGAUCGCCGCUCCCCGGCCUGUCGCUCCCGCGGAGGCAGAAAGCAAGGCCAGUGCCAGCGCCAGCGCCAGCGACGCGAAAGGCGCGGCCGCCAAGGCCGACGAGCCAGCACAGGCAAAGGACGGCGAGGCCGCCGCUGCCACACCUGCCGAGCCGCUCUUCCACGUCGACCUGCUCAACACCGUGGUGCAGCGCGUCUGGCGUGUGUUCCAGACGAAAGUCGGCGCACAGGUCUGCUCCGAGGACGUGCUUCGCCUCGAGGUCAUCCAGUUCUCCACCAUGGUGCUGGAGCACUGCGAGCAGCUCAUGUCGUCGGUGCAAGGCGCAGCCCGCAAGGACGCGAUCAAGUUCGGCUGGGCGAACCUCGCGACCGAAGACAUCACCGUCAAGACGACGUCGUACAUCUUCAUUGCGCGCUUCCUCGCCUCGUUCGACGCGCCCUUCAAGAUCGUCGCCAAGGUCUUCAUGGGCCUGCUCCGCCUGCACCAGUCGGAGAGUCGCGGCCUUGUCCGCAAGGCUCUGGACAUUCUCGUUCCUGCGCUGCCAAAGCGCGUCCCGGCCGCCGAGCCUGGACAGCCUUCGCAGUGGGCGAAAUGGACGAAGCGGCAGCUCACCGAGGAGGGCCAGAACGUCGCGCAGAUUGGUCUGAUCUUCGGCCUGCUUGUCCGCCACGCCGAUCUGUUCUACGCCGACCGCGAGCUGUUCAUGGGCCACAUCGCGAGCAACCUUAGCAAGCUCGGCCUGUCGAGCUCAUCGAGCGUCGAGUCGCGCAGCCUCUGCGUCGAGCUCGUGGACGUCGUUGCGCGAUGGGAGCGUCGCCGUGCCGAAGCCGUUGCGCAGACGGAGAGCAAGACGGAAGGCGCAGACACUGCAGGCGACGCUGCAGCGACCACAACGCGCAAGCGCAGCGGCACUGCCUCAGGCUCGCUGGCCGAGGCAGCGGAGCCGCAGAAGCGUGCGCGCAUCGACGAUGCAGGCUCGGCUGUCGUGCGCUCGACAUCGCCGGUCAGCGCUCUGCCGUCUCGCAGCGAUGCAGCCGAGCAUCAGUACACGCCGCCUCCGCCGGUGCGCGAUGCGUUGCUCGGCUUUCUGCUCCGCUUCGUCAGCCUCUCUGCGGAGCCGAUCUCGCUGCGCGGCACCACGGCGAAGGCCUUCAACACGCUGCGCGAUCUUCUCGCAGCGCCCGGCUGGUCGAACGUGCCCAUCCGCCUCGCGGUCUUCCAGAAGCCUCUCACCUCGUUGGAAGUGCAGGACAGCACGCUUGUCGUGCUCACCAACUCUCUGCAGGCUCUGCGGGCCGUGAUCAAGGAUAAGUCCGAGGCAUGGCUGCUGCUGCACGUGGCUCAGCUCCAUCGCCUCCUCGAGAGAUGUGCCUCUGCUGAGCAGCCAGUCAUCCUGGAGAACUGCCGCGACACGCUCGAGCGCAUCUUCGCUGUGCUUCCUGAGCCCGCGCCGGGAGAGGAGGACGCCGAAGGCGACGAUGAGGACGAUGCCAUGGCGGAUGCCGCGCCUGCGCCCGCUGCUCCCAAGCAGGAGGCCGAGCCGCAGCAGCCGGAAGAGUCGGCAGCUGCGUUCCGCACGUUCGCCGACCGCAUCAUCACCGAGGGACUGCGCAGCAACGGCGCGGGCCUCUACGGCGCGUUCGUCAUGCUGGCCUCCUGGGCGAAGGCACGACCCGAGAAGAUCGACACGCAUCUCGGCGCGCUGACCAAGGCGCUGACGAAGCUGACGAAGGACCACCUUGGCAUGCCGGCGCAGCAGAGCGCAGCUGCGGGCGUCCAGCCGGCGCCGCCACCGCCCUCGUCGGACAACGGGCUCAAGCUGCUCAUGAUGGUGCUCGAUCUGCUCAAGACGCGCAUCUCCAACUUGGGCGAGCAGCGGCGCUGGUUCCUCUCCGCUGUGGUGCAGCUGAUCGAGAAGUCCUCGAGCCUGGACCUCUGCCGCUUCCUGCUGUCGAUGAUGCGUCGCUGGAUCCUCGACCAGGCCGAGGCUUUCCCAACCGUCAAGGAGAAGGCCGGCAUCCUGAUCAAGAUGAUGUCGUUCGAGACGCGCGACGAGAUGCUGCUGCGCGACUAUCUCGACCUGAUCCACGCGAUCUACGCCAGCCCGACGUUCUCGCGCACCGAGCUGACCGUGCGGCUCGAGAAUGCGUUCCUGCUCGGCUGCCGGCAGCGCGACCCGCUGCUGCGCCAGCGCUUCAUCGACAUCUUCGACCGCACGCUCGUGCGCUCGCUGCCGGCGCGCCUCAACUACCUCCUCGGCAACCAGAGCUGGGAGUACCUUGCCGACACCUACUGGAUCCACCAGGCGCUCGACCUGUGCCUCGGCUCCGUCGAGGGCGAGCGUCCGCUGCUCGUGGUGCGCCCGCAAGCCGGCUCGCCGGAGUUCGUCAACACGCUGCGCGGCCUCACUGCGGGCGGCGUCAUCACGCCGCUCCGUGCGCUCCUCUACACCGACGCAACAUGCACGCACCGCAUGUGGGUGAGCUUCUUCCGCGCGGCGUGGCGUGCCAUGCCGCGCAAGUCGCAGGAGGACGUCACACGCUCUCUCAUCGGCACCCUCACGCGUGAGCACAAUCUGCGGCAAGUCUCACGCCGCCCGAACGUCGUGCAGACUCUGCUCGAAGGAGCGCUGGCAUGCACUCCGCGCGUCGAGCUGCCGCCGCAGGUGGUCAAGUACCUGGGCAAGACGUUCAACGCCUGGCACACCUCGAUCGAGCUGCUGCAGGACCUGCUGGCGUGGCUGCCGCGCGAGGACGACUCGAUCCGCGAAGCGUGCCAAGACGCGCUGGCUGAGCUAUAUGCCGAGCUCAGCGAGGACGACAUGUUCUACGGCCUGUGGCGCCGCCGCUGCGUCUACGCCGAGACGAACGCAGCGAUCUCGUACGAGCAGUGCGGCAUGUGGGCGCAGGCGCAGAUCAUGUACGAGAGCGCGCAGGUCAAGGCGCGCACGGGCGUGUUGACGUUCACCGAGGCCGAGUACAGCCUGUGGGAGGACCACUGGGUCAUCUGCGCGCAGAAGCUGCAGCAGUGGGACAUCCUCACGGACCUCGCCAAGCUCGAAGGCAACAACGACCUGCUGCUCGAGUGCGCGUGGCGCCUCUCGGACUGGGUCAACGAGCGCGACAUCCUCGAGCAGGCGCUAGAGAGUCUCUCGACCACCGCAACGCCGCGGCGACGCGUCUUUGCCGCUUACAUGGCUCUGCUCAAGUCGCAGGGCGGCAUGGACAAGCCGGCAGAGUUCGGACGCAUCUGCGACGAGGCGAUCCAGCUUGCGCUGCGCAAGUGGCACUCGCUGCCGACGGCCGUGACGCAGGCCCACGUGCCGCUCCUGCAGAUCUUCCAGCAGCUCGUGGAGCUGCAGGAGGCCAGCACCAUCUUUGCCAGCCUGGCCGUGACGAACGCCACGAACCUCGACCCGCGCUCGACGGAGUUGAAGCAGCUGAUGCAGACCUGGCGCGAGCGGCUGCCGAACCGCUGGGACGACAUCAACGCGUGGAGCGACCUCGUCGCCUGGCGGCAGCAUGUGUUCAGCGCGGUGAACAAGGCCUACCUGCCGCUCGUGCCGCAGAUCCAGCAGAACGGCGCGACAAGCUCGAGCACCAACUCGUACGCCUACCGCGGCUACCACGAGACGGCGUGGAUCGUGAACCGCUUCGCCCACGUGGCGCGCAAGCACUACCUCAACGACGUCUGCAUCUCGUCGCUGACGAAGAUCUACACGCUGCCGAACAUCGAGAUCCAGGAGGCCUUCCUCAAGCUGCGCGAGCAGGCGAAGUGCCACUACCGCAACCCGGCCGAGCUGAACCAGGGCCUGGAGGUGAUCAACAACACGAACCUCAUGUUCUUCGCUGCGCCGCAGAAGGCCGAGUUCUUCACGCUCAAGGGCAUGUUCAUGGCCAAGCUGUCGCUGCUCGACGAGGCGAACCAUGCCUUCGCCACGGCCAUCCAGAUGGACCUCAAUCUCGCCAAGGCGUGGACGGAGUGGGGCCGCUACAACGACCGCCUCUUCCGCGACCAGCCGCUGCAGAUGAUCGCAGCGAGCAGUGCCGUCAGCUGCUACCUGCAGGCCGCGGGGCUGUACAAGAGCUCCAAGGUCCGCAAGGUGCUUAUCCGCGUGCUCUGGCUGCUCAGCUGCGACGACGCCGCCGGCAGCGUGGCCAUGGCGUUCGAGGGCUUCCGCGGCGAGGCGCCGAUCUGGUACUGGAUCACGUUCAUUCCGCAGCUGCUGCAGGCGCUCCAGCACCGCGAGGCAAAGUACGCACGCCGCCUGCUCAUGCAGAUUGCCAAGACAUUCCCUCAGUCGCUGUACUUCUUCCUGCGCACGACGCGCGAGGACUAUCUGGCCAUCAAGCGACAGUCGGCGAUGGCUGCACAGCGGGCCGCACAGAUGCAGGCGCGUCAGCAGCAGCAACAACAAUUGCUGCAACAGCAGCAGCAGGCUCAACAGCAGGCUCAGCAGCAGGCCCAGCAGCAAGCGUCCGGAGCCGCUGCCGCCGCCGGCGAAGCGAGCACGAAGGACGCAAACGCCACGGCCACCGCAGAGGCUCCUGCAGGCGACAAAGCCGGCACUGCAAGCGCUGGCGAUCAGGCGGCGUCCGAGGCGAACGGCAGCCAGGCGCCUGCCAGCACCUCGACGCCGUCUGCUUCAGCUGCCGGCGCGAGUCCGGCGGCUGGCAAUGGCUCUGCAGCGCGGCCGUCGGAUGCUCCUGGAGCUUCUGCGACGCCAAGCAAGGCCGGAGCGCCCUCGACGAAUGGCACAGCCGCAUCCACAGCGGCCUCGGCCACGCCCGCAGCUGCGCCAACUCCGUCCGACGCACGCACGACUGCAGCGCCCUCGCCCGCCCAGAGCGGCACGCCGGCGUCUCAGCCUGCGCCCUCCGCCUCGAGCGCACAGCCGGGCGCACAGCCGGGCAACGGACUGUCCAGCCAAGGCUCACAGCCCGGCAUGCCACCUGGCGCCAUGCCAGGCCAGCAGCCGGGCGUGCCUGGUCAGCCUGGCCAGCCCGGCGGACCGCCGAACGUGCGGCAGCCGUGGGAGUACGUCGACGAGAUCCUCAACAUCCUCAAGACGGCCUUCCCGCUGCUCGCGCUCACGAUGGAGAAUACGGCCGAGCAGAUCGGGCAGCGCUUCAAGCCGGGCACCGACGAAGACAUGUACCGCCUCAUCGGCGCGCUGCUCAACGACGCGCUGCAGCAGUACGUCGCCCGCGCCAGCAUUCCCAACGACCCGGGCCAGCUGCCGCAGAUGUCGAUGGCUAACGUCAUGCGCUUUGCCGAGAGUCUUCCCAUUGGACCGCUGAAGAACGACUUUGAGGAGGACUUUGUCAAGUCGAAGCCGAGCCUGCGCGAGUACGUGCACCGCCUGCAGCGCUGGCGCGACAACUACGAGGUGCGCCUCGACGUGCGCCCGACGCUGCAGCACCUCGAGCACUGCUCGCACUACCUUGUCGAGUUCCAGCAUCAGCGCUUCGACGACGUCGAGCUGCCCGGCCAGUACCUGCGCCUGGAGGACAACAACUCGGACUUUGUCAAGAUUGCGCGCUUCUCGCCGACGUUCGAGCUCACGCGCUCCAACGGCAUGUGCACGCGGCGCCUGUCGAUCCUCAGCAACAAGGGCAGCGUGCACAGCUUCGCCGUGCAGCUGCCCUCGGCGCGCUACUGCCGCCGCGAGGAGCGCAUCAUCCAGCUGCUGCGCCUGCUCAACCGUGUGCUGGAGCGGCGCAAGGAGACGCGCAAGCGCGGCCUCGUCUUUACGACGCCGGCCGCCGUGCCGCUCUCGCCGCAGCUGCGCCUCGUCGAGUCCGACGCGAGCUUCGUCAGCCUGCAGGACGUGUACGAGCGGCACUGCGAGGCCAUCGGCUUUGGCAAGGAGGACCCGAUUAUCGCGUGGGUCGAGAAGAUGCGCUCCGUUGCCGACGCCAGCCGCGACCUCGUCAACCUGUCGAACCUGCGCAUGGACCUGCUCGACGAGAUCUCGACGAAGAUGGUGCCCGACACGGUGCUCACGCGCUACAUGACGCGCAGCAUGGACUCGCCGUCGGACCUGUGGCUGAUGCGCAAGCAGUUCACGCUGCAGAUGGCGUCGACGAUGUUCCUCACGUACGCCUUCUUCAUCUCGGCGCGCGGCCCGGGCCGCAUCCACAUGAGCCGCUCGAGCGGCAUCGUGGCCAUGUCCGACGUCGUGCCCACCUUCUCGCCGACGCAGCCGCAGUUCAAGUCCAACGACCCGACGCCGUUCCGCCUCACGCCGAACCUGCAGCACUUUAUCGGGCCCACGGCCAUCGAGGGCGUCGUGACGGCGUCGCUGAUGGCCAUCGGCCGCUGCCUCUCGGAGCCCGAGCGCGACCUCGAGGAGUACCUGUCGAUCUUUGUGCGCGACGAGCUCAACUUCUGGCUGGCCUCGUCGCAGCGGCACCCGCCGGGCGUCGUGCCCGAGGCGCCGCGCGACAUCAUCUACCCGAACAUCCUCGAGAUGGUCAAGCGCGCGCGGCUGCUGUCGUGCGAGCACGAGGCGAGCAAGCCGCAGCCCUCGACCGUGCCCGUGUCGCAGACGGUGCUCGACCUCAUCAACUCCGCCACCAACAGCGGCAAGCUGGCGCUGCAGGAGCCGACGUGGCACCCCUGGAUGUGAAGCGCGCCAUCGCUCCCUGUACUUGUACGCGACUCAAAUGCAUAUCUCUCCGUCUCCAUGAUGGCCUGCUGCGAGGCGAUGGUUGGACGGUGGACCGUGCAGGCCCGUGGGCCAUCCAGGCGCCUCGUCGUCGUCGCGCUGCGUGCGCCAAGACGCUGCUGAUGCGCGCAAGGCAGCCGCUCGGCCGUUGGGCGAGUAGAUCUUCGCUCGUGU